AUGAAGCUCCUUUGCAGUUUUGCCGUUGGUACCGGUAAUUGUUUCGAGCACGGCAUCAUCGCACCUACAGGACUCGGCAUGGGGGGUUCUGACAAGGACUUCAUUCUCAGCGUGGAUGAGGUGACGUUGGGCCUUGCUGGUCUCCAAGCUGCCUAUCCUGACAAGGUGAAGCUCCCCAGACCGCCGUUCAAGACGUAUGAAGGACGCUGGAUGCAGGGGGCGGUUGUGAGAGUCGAAGAUGGGAGUGGCGACAACGGCAUUCUGGGUCCCCGGGCCUUCAUCAUGAGCGGGAUUUCGCGCAUGGAGGAAUUCUUGGUGCUGGAUGUGGAAGAUGCCUUGACGGCUGGUACCGUCAUCCUCCCUCUGGCCAACCCGGACGGCGUGGCGUACGACCAAACCACAGGGACAUGUUGGUGCAAGAACCGACGGCCACUCUCGCAGCUGAGGGGCAGUACUGGACUACAAGGCGGCCUUCAAUCGGGGCGUGCCUUAGUCCAGGACGGUGACUUCGGUCGACUAGUAUCGGAGAUUUACCACGGCAAGCCAGCCGAGUCGGAGCCUGAGACACGGGCUGUGAAAUGGAUCCUGGCCAGCUUCAACGAGACGCUCUCGUGGAUGGCGGACCUCCAUUCGUACGGCGGUAAAGUUUUGUACGCUUGGGGCGACAACAAUGCAGGCAGACAGGACCCCGAACAGACGCUGAGCAACCCGGAGUACGAUAGACAGAGGGGAUUUAUGGGGACGGAUCCCGUCGACAGCCGGUACAAGGAGCACAUCUGA